AUGGAGGAGGUGAAGGUGAACCAGGCCAGCCCAGAACGAGCUGGGCCGUCCUGGGACAGAGGCGUGCAGACGGACAGCAGAGGGCAAGGUCCAGCUCCCCGUCUCUCCAGAGGAAACCUCUUCUCUCUCCUCAGUCUGUGGAUGGAGCUGUUUCCACAGGAGCAAACAGAGGAGCGAGGCCCCAGAGGAGUUCAGGUUGUGGGCCUGGUCGUGGUCGCGGACGGCAGAGUGGUUGGCCUUCACUCGUCAGGUUCAGAUCUUCACGCCGCUCAAGCCGCCAUCUUGGAUCACGGAGCUAAACUGAAGCACAUGAGUCUGUACUUCUCCAGGAGGCCAUGUGCGACAUGCAUCAAGAUGGUCAUCAACGCCGGUGUGAGUGAAAUCUGCUUCUGGCCUGGAGAUCCAGAGGUCUCCAUGUUGUCUUCAAAGGACUACACUUCUCAUGAUGCAUCUCUGCAGCUGACUGAGGAGGCUGCUUUGGACGCACUGGCUGUAGACCAACUCAAGUCCAACAGUGGGACUCAGAUCUGGGUCCCACUGAAGCCCCUGCCCCCGGGUCUGGUCCAGUUUGUGACGGAGACCUCCAGAGACUCAGACUUCAUGCAGAAAAUGGAAGAGGAGGGCGAGGAAGUGGACCAGCUCUUCAACAGACAGCAGUCCCAAGCCCUCUCGCUCCUCACCUCUCGGUUCCUGGUGAGUCCUUCUCAACACCAGAAGAUCUUGUCCCUCAUGAAGCUGGAGAACUUCUGUGUGGAGCCGUACUUCUCUGGUCUCAGACACAAUAUGGAGCACCUGCUGCAUCUCCUGUCGGCCGUGGUGGCAUCUGUACCAGCGCUCUGCAACUACGGUUUCUACAGGUCGAGUGGAGGCAGUGGUUCUACUGCGGUGUCUCUGGAGGUCGCUCUUCACUGUAUGAUCCAAGCUCGACUGCUGUCCUACAGAACAGAGGACCCCAAAGUGGGCGUGGGCGCGGUCAUCUGGGUCAAACGUCAGCAGGGCGGAGGCCCCUCUCUGAUGGGGGGCUUGUCUCUCGUGGGGUCCGGGUUCAACGCGUACCCCUCAGGCUCCCAGUACCAGCAGUACCCUCAGCACGACGACAAGCAAGAGGACCGUGAGAGACGCAAGUACAGGUUCAUGAUCCACGCCGAGCAGAACGCCAUCACGUUCAGGAGCAGAGCCUGGCAGGCCCCUGAUGCGUCCCUGCUGUUCGUGACCAAGUGUCCGUGUGAUGAGUGUGUCCCUCUGAUCCGAGCGGCUGGAGUCUCUCACAUCUACUGCUCUGACUGCGACCAAGACCGAGACAAAGGAGACAUUAGCUACAGGAUGUUCAGACCCCUACAGGGCAUCCACAAGUACUGCUGGCAGAAGAGUCCAGUGUCUCAGUCCUCGUCUCCUCACAAUGGAUUUUUGGGGAAGCACCGUAGACAAAUGGAUCCACGAGACGUAAAGAAAUUGCGCAUAGAGAAAGACCCAGGGGAGCAGAGGGCCUGA